AUGGCAGCUGGCCCCAUGGUCAGACCCUCAGUCUCUCUGCUUCAACCCUCCCCUGAGGAUCUCUCUGGGUGCACGACCACACUGGCCUGCCUGUUGACCGGCUACUCUUCAGAGGGAGCCGAGGUGAGAUGGGAGGUGGACGGCAGAGAGGUGACAGAAGGGGUCCUGACCAGCUCAGAGGAGAAGAAGAGUGAUCGCUACAGCAGCAGCAGCACCCUGACCUUGAGCCAGAAAAGCUGGUUGAAGGGAGAGCUUUACUCCUUCACUUUAGUUAAAUCAUCUGUAUUUAAUCAGGUGUACUGUGAUGUUUUACAUGAAAAAAAAGGUUCAUUUUCAGUGGUUAGAGGUUUGUUCAGAGUGCAGGAGGUUUUUGUACGGCCACUUAAUCAGUUUGUAUCACUGUGGUGGACUUUUGGUGGAGGAACCAAACUCAUCGUUGGCUCGGGUGUGGUGAGGCCCACCCUCACAGUCCUCCCUCCCUCCAAAGAAGAAGACAAACAGAGUAGUGCCACUGUGGUGUGUUUGGCCACUGGGGGCUUCCCCUCAAACUGGAAUUUGGGCUGGAAGGUGGGGAGCACCAGCACAUCCUCAGGGGUUUCAACCAGCCUGGAGGUCUUGGGGACAGAUGGCCGCUACAGCUGGAGCAGCACCCUGAGCCUCUCUGCAGUCCAGUGGAAGAAGGCGGGCUCAGUGAGCUGUGAGGCCAGUCUGAGUGGACAGAGCCCCGUCACUCAAACCCUGGACCCUGACCACUGCUCAGAGUAGAGCUUCAGCAACACUUCCUGUCUGCAUAUGAUGUCUUUUAUAGUUUGAUGAAGCUACAUGUUUCUUUUCUUGCAAUAUUUCUGCAAACAUUUGACUUUCUAUUGAUGUGCAUGCUAAUUUGACCAGCUAAUAUUAUCCAUGUUGUUCUUUAAAACCGUGCUGUAAAAAAAGUCUAAAUCACAAAAUAAAAUCACAGCUUAAGAAAAAUCACUUUUCUUUGGUCCU